GGGGUUUCGUGGGUAUGAAAGUGAUUCUUCGCUCGCGCCCACCCACUACACCUUUACGGUAUAAAAGCUGCGGUGGUGAGCUACGGUAAUCAGAUCAUCCUGUACCAUCAUCUCUUACAUAUUCUUUUGGUGAUCAACUGUUCGUGCAACCCAUCAUGAAGAUCUCCGCAAUUUUCUUGACGACCAUCUCGCUCGCCCUAGCGGACCUGGGACCUCCCUCUCAGUACCUCCCGCCCCAAAACCAAUACCUGCCGCCUCAAAAUCAAUAUCUGCCACCCCAGAACCAGUACUUGCCGCCCCAAAGACAAUACUUGCCGCCCCAGAACCAAUAUCUUCCCCCUACUGUUGCCGCCCCCGCUCCCAAAUACUUGCCGCCCUCGACGUCUUAUGGGGUACCAUCAGUGAGACCCACCAAGCAAUACUUGCCGCCCAGCACCAGCUACGGAGCCUCCUACGACCCUAGCAGGGGUUACGAGGAACGUUCGGAACCUGCCAAUUACGAGUUCGAAUAUCAAGUGAAAGACGAGCAAUCCGGCAACGAUUUCGGGCAUAAGGAGCAGAGGAAAGGGGACGUGGCCCAAGGGAAGUACUACGUACUUUUGCCCGACGGUAGACUGCAAACUGUCGAGUAUACCGCCGAUACCGAGGGGUACAAACCGAAGAUCAGUUAUCAGCAAGUGAGCGUCGGGGGGUACCAGUACCCCAGCGGCGGCGGAUACCAGUACAGGAAGUGAGGAAGUACCCCGGAUAAAACAGCCGCCCCCCUGACCAAAAAUGCUUAUGUGCCUGAUAGUUAUAGCUUUAAUGCCAGUAUAAUAAGGACGACGGACACGGAUAAUGAUUUAUUGUUUGUACAGUAACUGCCAUAUAUAAGUUAGUUAUAUAGUGAUUUAUAGUUAUAUCAAUAAAUAAAUGAAUAUGCAAUAAUAA